GUCCCUCAGAGAAAAAUUUCUGCAAACAUUUAAUCUUCAACAAGCAUUUAAGAUUCAGAUGAGCCCUGGCCAGUUUGGCUCAAUGGUUGGAGCGUCGGCCUGCGGACCAGAGUCCUGGUGAGACGGUUUAAGCGGAAGCAUCUUACAGCCAUCGACUGCCAACAUUUGGCUCGGAGUCACUUGGCUGUGACCCAGCCCUUCAGUCAAAGAUGGACAAACAGAGACCCGAACCAUGGUCUCUAUCCUAGACCCAGAACAAAAAAAGGGACUAGGGGUCAAGGAUGUCAAAGAUACAUCACUGAAUUCCUCCUAGCUGGCCAGCAGCAGUGCACCAAUGACAUGGCUAAAAGCAAUUCUGUGGACCAGGACAGCGCUAAGGACUCAGAGGGUGAAAUGAUCUUUGCUGGAGAAAGCAGUUGUGCCCUGCCUCGGGAAGGUAAUGGAGAAGCAAGGCAGGGCUCUUCAGGCUCCACUCUGCAUGCAAGGAAGCGCUCUCGGUCCUUUGACGAUGAGAGGAAUCAAGCUACAGGGACCAGUCAUUGGGUUGGGGUUUCUAAGAAAACCCCACAGCAUUGUUUGCCCUGGUCCUGCACAAAGGCCAGGGAAGCUAGGCAAGAAGCAGAGGGCUCUUUGUCAUGGCUCUCUGCAGAGCCUGAAGAAUCCAGCCAAGAAGUGAAGGACGAGGGUCCUGAUCCCAUUCCUGACUCUUAUUAUGGGCUUUUUGGGACCCUGCCCUGCCAAGAACCCCAGAGCCACAUCUGCAGCCUGCCCAGUGAAGUCCUAAGGCACAUUUUUGCUUUCCUCCCCGUGGAAGACCUCUAUUGGAAUCUGUGCUUGGUGUGCCACCUUUGGAGGGAGAUAAUUAAUGAUCCACUGUUCAUUCCUUGGAAAAAGCUGUAUCAUCGAUACCUAAUGAAUGAAGAGCAAGCUGUCAGCAAAGUGGAUGGCAUCCUUUUGAGCUAUGGUAUUGAGAAAGAGUCGGACCUAUGUGUGCUGAACCUCAUCCGCUAUGCAGCCACCACUAAAUGCUCCCCAAGUGUGGAUCCUGGAAGGGCACUGUGGAGUCUGAGGGAUCAUCUCCUCCUUCCUGAGGCAGAGGCAUGUGUGCGUCAACAACUCCCUGACCUUUAUGUCGCUGCUGCAGGUGUCAACGUGUGGGCUUUGGUAGCAGCCAUUGUUCUCCUCUCCAGCAGUGUGAAUGACAUCCAGCAACUACUCUUCUGCCUCAGAAGACCUAGCUCCACCGUGACAAUGCCAGACAUCACUGAGACCUUAUACUGCAUCGCUGUGCUUCUCUAUGCCAUGAGGGAGAAGGGAAUUAACAUCAGCAAUCGGAUUCACUACAACAUUUUCUAUUGCCUGUAUCUUCAGGAGAAUUCCUGUACUCGGGCCACAGAAGUUAAAGAGGAAACAUCGGUUUGGCCAGGUAAGAAAACAACCAUCCAGCUUACACAUGAACAACAGCUGAUUCUGAACCAUAAGAUGGAACCUUUCCAGGUGGUAAAAAUUAUGGCAUUUGCAGGCACCGGGAAGACCUCUACCCUGGUCAAGUACGCUGAGAAGUGGUCUGGGAGCAGGUUUCUUUAUGUGACAUUCAAUAAGAGCAUCGCAAAGCAGGCUGAGCGAGUCUUCCCCAGCAACGUCACCUGUAAAACCUUUCAUUCCAUGGCCUAUGCACACGUCGGGCGGAAGUACCAAUCAAAGAAGAAAUUGAAUCUCUUCAAGUUAACACCUUUCAUGGUCAAUUCUGUCCUUGCUGAAGGGAAAGGUGGAUUCAUAAGGGCCAAGCUAGUGUGUAAGACUUUAGAAAACUUCUUUGCCUCGGCUGACGAUGAGCUGACUAUUGAUCACGUGCCUAUUUGGUGUAAGGACAACCAAGGACAAAGAGUCAUGGUUGAACAGAGUGAAAAACUGAACAGUGUUCUUGAAGCAAGCCGCCUUUGGGACAACAUGCGGAAGCUGGGGGAAUGCAAAGAAGAGGCUUACCAAAUGACUCACGAUGGCUACCUGAAACUCUGGCAGCUGAGCAAGCCUUUGCUUGCCUCUUUUGAUGCCAUCUUCGUAGAUGAGGCCCAGGACUGUACCCCAGCUAUCAUGAAUAUAGUUCUGUCUCAGCCAUGUGGGAAGAUCUUUGUAGGGGACCCACACCAGCAGAUCUAUACCUUCCGUGGUGCAGUCAACGCUCUGUUUACAGUCCCUCACACGCAUGUCUUCUAUCUCACACAGAUUUACAGAACAAUUGAGAAAAUAAGUUUUAGAUUUGGUGUGGAAAUAGCUUAUGUGGGAGCUACUAUCUUGGAUGUCUGCAAGAGAGUAAGGAAAAAGACUUUGGUUGGAGGAAACCAUCAGAGUGACAUUAGAGGUGAUACAAAGGGACAAGUGGCCCUGUUGUCCCGGACCAACGCCAAUGUGUUUGAUGAGGCUGUACGGGUGACUGAUGGAGAAGUACCUGCAAGGAUACAUUUGAUUGGGGGGAUUAAAUCAUUUGGAUUGGACAGAAUCAUUGAUAUUUGGAUCCUUCUUCAGCCAGAGGAAGAACAGAAGAAACGAAACCUCGUUAUUAAAGACAGGUUUAUUAAAAGAUGGGUGCACAAAGAAGGCUUUAGUGGCUUAAAGAGGUAUGUGACCGCAGCUGAGGAUAAGGAGCUUGAAGCAAAGAUUGCUGUCGUUGAAAAGUAUAACAUCAGGAUUCCAGAACUGGUCGAAAGAAUAGGAAAAUGCCACAUAGAAGACGUGGACUUUGCAGAGUACAUUUUGGGUACUGUGCACAAAGCCAAAGGCUUGGAGUUUGAUACCGUUCAUGUUUUGGAUGAUUUUGUGAAAGUGCCUUGUGCCAGGCACAACCUUGCACAGCUGCCCCACUUCAGAGUUGAGUCCUUUUCUGAGGAUGAAUGGAAUUUACUGUAUGUUGCAGUAACUCGUGCCAAGAAGCGUCUCAUCAUCACCAGAUCACUGGAGAACAUUUUGACUUUGGCUGGGGAGUAUUUCUUGCAAGCAGAGCUGACAAGUAAUGUUUUAAAAACAGGAGUGGUUCACUGCUGUGUGGGGCAGUGCAACAACACCAUCCCAGUGGACACUGUGCUCACCCUGAAGAAGCUCCCCAUCACUUAUAGUAACAGAAAGGAAAAUAAGGGUGGCUAUCUCUGCCACUCCUGUGCAGAACAGCGCAUCGGGCCUUUGACCUUCUUGACUGCCUCCCCUGAGCAGGUGCACUCCAUGGAACGCACCGUCGAGAACUUAGUGCUGCCCAGAAACGAAGCUCUGCUUUUCCUUGUCUUCUGAAAGCCAGGAGGAGCAUUCUCCAUGGUACAGAUUGCCUUCUGUGGACUCCAGUUACUUGAAGAAAGCCCGUGUGGGGUAGGGUUCUCAUUCACCUGAGACUCUGAACUCACAGAGCAUUUUUGAGGAAGAUGAAGCCAACCGAGUUGGACCUGCCAUUUCUCCAUUCCCUAUAGAUAGUUCAUUUCCUGCCCCUCCUCCAUGUACACAGGCUGGGGAGGUGAGGGAUGUUCUUUUUGAUAAAAAAAAACAAAAACAAAAAA